AUGGUUAAGCCCUGUUGGAGGCCUUCUGUGGAGGGUGAUGGAAGUUGGAGGCGAGGAGGGGGAGACCCGAAUGGUCGAGUUGACAGGCUUUGGUGGUAUAAGGAUCUAGGGCAUCACACAAAUGGUGAAUUUUCAAUGGCUGUUGUUCAAGCCAAUGGGUUGAUGGAGGAUCAGAGCCAGCUCGAAUCGGGCCCGUUGAGUUCUCUCGAGUCGGGACCUUGUGGCACUUUUGUCGGGGUUUAUGAUGGCCAUGGUGGACCCGAAACUUCUCGAUUUGUGAACGAAAAAUUGUUUCCAAAUCUCAAGAAUUUUGCUUCCGAGCACCGAGAGAUAUCUCCAAACGUCAUAAAGAAAUCUUUCUUAGCAACCGAAGAGGAGUUUCUCUCUCUAGUCAGGCAGCAAUGGUCCGUAAAGCCACAAAUUGCUUCAGUCGGAACAUGCUGUCUCGUAGGUGUAAUAUGUGACGGGUUACUAUAUAUAGCCAAUGCCGGGGACUCUCGAGUGGUAUUAGGCAGGACAGAUAAAGCCACUAGAGGAGUGAGUGCUAUUCAGUUAUCAGUCGAGCACAAUGCAAAUAUCGAGUCGGUUAGGGAUGAAUUACGGAGUUUGCAUCCCAAUGAUUCACAAAUUGUGGUCUUAAAGCACAAAGUUUGGCGCGUAAAGGGUAUUAUACAGGUGUCGAGAUCUAUUGGGGACGCCUAUCUAAAGAAAUCAGAGUUCAACCGAGAACCAUUACUGGCCAAGUUCAGGCUAAACGAGCCCUUUAACAAGCCCAUUCUAAGCCCGGAGCCAUCGAUGCUCGUGCACAAGCUCAACCCGAACGAUCAGUUCCUCAUAUUUGCCUCAGAUGGUUUGUGGGAGCAUCUCAGCAAUCAAGAGGCUGUUGAUAUCGUCAAUAGCUAUCCUCGUAACGGGAUUGCUAGGAGGCUUGUUAAAGCCGCUCUUCGAGUGGCGGCUAAGAAGAGGGAAAUGCGAUAUUCGGACCUCAAGAAAAUCGACCGAGGCGUAAGGAGGCAUUUUCAUGAUGAUAUCACUGUUGUGAUUGUCUUCAUAGAUCAACCUUCUUCCUUGAGGAGAAGCUCUUCACAUGGUUCUAUUGUAUCCAUUAAGCCUCCUAAUGUGCUGCCCCUGUAA